AUGGGCGAGCACCCCAGCCCGGGCCCCGCCGUGGCCGCCUGCGCCGAGGCGGAGCGCAUCGAGGAGCUGGAACCCGAGGCCGAGGAGCGGCCGCCGGCGGAGGACCACUGGAAAGUCCUGUUUGAUCAGUGUGACCCUGGGAACACAGGCUUCAUCAGUACAGGCAAGUUCCGGAGCCUCCUGGACAGCCACAGUUCCAAGCUGGACCCACACAAGAGGGAGGUACUCCUGGCUCUCGCCGACAGCCAUGCCAACGGCCAGAUCUGCUACCAGGAUUUUGUCAACCUGAUGAGCAACAAGCGGUCCAACAGUUUUCGCCAGGCCAUCCUGCAGGGGAACCGCAGGCUCUGCAGCAAGGCCCUGCUGGAGGAGAAGGGGCUGAACCUCUCCCAGCGACUCAUCCGUCACGUGGCCUACGAGACCCUGCCCCGGGAAAUUGACCGGAAGUGGUACUACGACAGUUAUACCUGCUGCCCCCCGCCCUGGUUCAUGAUCACGGUCACACUGCUAGAGGCAAGGACAGGGGUUGCCUUUUUCCUUUAUAAUGGGGUGUCGCUGGGCCAAUUUGUACUGCAGGUAACCCACCCACGAUACCUGAAGAACUCACUGGUUUACCAUCCACAGCUCCGAGCACAGGCUUGGCGUUACCUGACAUACAUAUUCAUGCAUGCGGGGAUAGAACACCUGGGACUCAACGUGGUGCUCCAGCUCCUGGUGGGGGUACCUCUGGAGAUGGUGCAUGGAGCAACCCGAAUUGGGCUUGUCUAUGUGGCCGGUGUCGUGGCAGGGUCCUUGGCAGUGUCUGUGGCUGACAUGACUGCCCCGGUGGUGGGCUCCUCUGGAGGGGUGUAUGCGCUCGUCUCUGCCCAUCUGGCCAACAUCGUCAUGAACUGGUCAGGCAUGAAGUGUCAAUUCAAGCUGCUGCGGAUGGCUGUGGCCUUGAUCUGUAUGAGCAUGGAGUUUGGGCGGGCCGUGUGGCUGCGGUUCCACCCGUCAGCUUACCCCCCUUGCCCUCACCCGAGCUUCGUGGCGCACCUGGGUGGCGUGGCUGUGGGCAUCACCCUGGGCGUGGUGGUCCUGCGGAACUACGAGCAGAGGCUGCAGGACCAGUCGCUGUGGUGGAUUUUCGUGGCCAUGUACACCGUCUUUGUGCUGUUCGCUGUCUUCUGGAACAUCUUUGCCUACACCCUGCUGGACUUGAAGCUGCCGCCGCCCCCCUAG